UUCUGGCCUGCAUAUUUCCCAGCGAAUACUGUGUUUUUUAUGUGUUGUCUCAUUGUGAAUUAUUUAUAAACAUUCUCAAGUGUUUUCUGGUAAUAAGGCGAGGUGAAAAUCAUUUUGUUAGCAGAUAAAGUGUUGUAUAAAUAAAGAGUUAGCAAUGUAAUGUUUAGCCAGGAAAUCUAUAAUUUGUGAUAGUACUUCAUACUGGAUGUAUAUUUACAUGUUCAGUUUAUUCAGAGAGGAAUUUUUGAAAAAAAACUACAGCCUUUUCUUCUCAGUUUUGGAAUUUAGCUUGAAAUUAUUUUUAGUUGACCAGGAGAUUCAAUGAUAACCCUAGAGAGAAGCAGCACGAGUUUGUGCACAUGACAACCAGGCUCGAUGUGGCUCAUCUUACAAACAAUGGGAUGUGGUCGCAGUAAGCAGCACUCUCCCAAACUUGAUGCCGAGGAGAGGGAACAUAUCAACAGUAAGGAGAAAAACAAUGGAAAGAAGAAAAAAUCUAAAGGUGAAAAUAAAGAAAAUAAAGAAGCAACAAGCCAGCCAAAGUCAAAGAGCAAGAUGUCACCUGUAAAAACCAUAGUUAACUCAUUGAAACCACCUCCACCAAACCCCAACCUAAAUGGAUCACCCAAACUGACAACCCUUCACUUAGAUGUUGAAUAUCCAGUUUAUAAACAAAAAGAAAUGGAUCGUCUAGCGGUUCCACCGAACAAAGAAGUAAAAGAAUUUCGAGGGAAGCAAAAUUUCAGGGUGACCCACAGUCAGAUUGCCUUCUUUGAAAUGCUUGAUAAAAAAAUUGAACAGGGUGAUGACUACCACUCUGAUUGCAGUAUAGAAAUAUCCACUCCUGAGGAUAGCUAGACCAUCAUCAUCAUUAUCAUCAUCAUCAUCAUCAAUCAUCAUCAUCAUCAUCACCAUCAUGGUUGUAAAAAUGUGCUUUUAUGUUCAUGACAACACCUACAGAUAUACAUGUAGAAGUUGAAAAUAUACAUUGUGAUAUGUGAGGGUCCAGCAAAUUGGACCCAAGCAGAAAAUGGUGCAGAAAAUACUUUAAAAGACACCAAAGUUCACUCAUUUUUACAUGUGACUUGCUCAUUCAAGCAUACAAGAUUAGAAAUAGGAGUUGGAACAGUUAUAACAAAACUGCUGGGAGAGGAGGUGGUAAAGAGGAGAUACUGAGAAGAUAUGGAAAAUUGAAGAAUAGUGCAAGUGAUAAAAUGAAGUUAUUUUAGCAGUGUCAUUGCUUACAUCAUCUACAAGAGCAUUUGAUUUUGGUGAUACUUGUGUUAUAUUUGUGUGUAAUGUAAUUGUAAAUGCGUAAUUAAUCAAGCCAUAUUUGUCUGCAUUUGUAUUAAUUUAAAAUCUCAAUUACUAUUUAUUGUGCUUCGAUAUUACCGAGAUGCAAUUAAUAAUCAUAAGUGAAAAUAAGAUACUUGAAUAUCCCGUUGAGGGGUAAAAUGCUUUACACAGGGUAACAAGGAUGAAUUCGGGAAUAUUUAGUAUAUAUAUGAAGUUAAGAGCACUUAAUAACUACUUAAAGGAAAGAAUGGUUCAUAAAUUACAUUAUUUUAGCUAUUGAUAGGAACUAUAAUGUAUUGAGGUAGAAGUGAAGCUGUAUAAAACUUAUUAAAAUAAAAAUGUAUCUACAGCUACAGUCCUAGACUGAUAACCAUUUAAGGAAUUGGGCUUGUAAUGACUCUCGUCAAUUUCUGUGUGAUAAUUAUUCCCGGUUGACAUUUCUUCAGGCAGAAAUCUAGCUCAAUGUGAACAAGACUUUUCAUAAAAAUUGGAGAAUGCAGAAAUCAGAAAUGAGCCACACCAUGGGAAAACCAACAUAGUGCAUUUGCAACCAGCAUGGAUCCAGACCAGACUGCGCAGUCUGGUCAGGAUCCAUGCUGUUCGCUUUCAAAGCCUAUUGCAAUUAGAGAAACUGUUAGCGAACAGUAUGGAUCCUGACCGGACUGCGCAGAUGUGCAGGCUGGUCUGGAUCCAUGCUGGUCGCAAAUGCACUAUGUUGGUUUUCUCAUGGUGCGGCUCAAAUAGAGAAGACAAAAUUUGAGGAUUAUCAUUAAGAGCCCACUACCGUUAUACUGAGCCUAUAAUCAUACUUAUUGAAAUGAAUUAUAUUGAUACAUGUGUACUGUUUAUAUAUAUAUAUAUAAAAUACAUGGUGCAUUUAACAGCUGGCUGUAUUUCUGUGCCACCACCCUGUUCUGUACAAUGAAAAUUUUUCCUACUUUCUGUCUGCCUCUCCCUGACUGGUUACACAUACAAGAAUGUUUAACACGUCAGAGGUGAACAAAACAUCAGUUUAUGCCAGGUAGUUGUUAUGUUUUAUAGCAUCUGUAAAUUCUUGUUUAAGAUUAAUGUCAGUAUACUUACCUUCUCAACUCCAAUACAUGUAUAUGCACUAAGAACAAACAAAUAGUACAAUAAGACAGUCAGUGCCAUGGUGCUUCAGCAUAUAUAUUUUACAUCAGUUUUAGAGAAAAUAGAAACAGCCAGUGACAAUAACACUUUCUAAAACUCAGACCAGAACUGACGCUCUAAAAGAAGCUUUGGUCAGAUAUCACUUUCAUUGAUACAAACUGUACUGUGGAGGUUAGAGGUGAAAUGACCUACCCUUACACUGCUAAACAUGAAGGAAGUGUCAUUUCAAUACAAAACAUAGUCUUACUUAAUUUCAGACUUUAAUUAAAGAAUUUUAUUUGUUUGAAACGCAAAAUUAAUGACACUGCUUUAAGACAUACAGUAAUACACACAGAAUACAGUUCUUUAUAUAAGUUAGAAAAUUAUUAACACUUCAAUCUUUCUUGCAGUGUUUCUUGCGACUACUAUAGUUUUAUUAUCAUUGAAACUAGAAGUUGGAUAAAACAGUCAAAACCGUAGUAUGAAGACUAUCAAGUUAAAAGCAUUUUCAACUCAGAAGUUUUUAUAGAUAGCAAAGCACUUAAAUGUCUUAAAUUUUCUGUACCAGUAGCAUUCUGACUUAACUUUAUUUCUUACUUAGGCGGUUUGUUCGGAUGUUUCACAGGUUAACUGCUGAGAUAUAUAUUGUAGCACAAUUAACCUGCAUCAUGCUGGACACAAUUGAUUCUGCCUUUGCAACCAGUGUAGAUCAUGAUCAGCCUGCACAUCUGAGCAGUCUGAUCUUGAUCUGCACUGUGCGCUAUUCAUUCAGUGUCUUUUAGGGAAGCACUCCUUUUAUCAGUUAAUGGUACUAUCCAUAUUGAAAGAUCGGCUAGUUCAUUAUAGAAAUUUAGCAGGGUAAGGGGUUAAGAGAGCAGAAUAAACUGUAAUAUGAUAUUAUUUAAUUGACUUAUAAUUUUACAAUGAAUUGACAGUCAUCAAGCUUUUAUUGUACUAGAUAGUCUUAUAAUGACCCUUGAAUAAGGUAAAUAACAGGUGAAACAAAGUCAAUACUGAUAAAAGUAUGGCAGUGUUCUCAUCAACCUUAUCAUUGUUUGAACUGUAUACACACCUGAAUAGUUUCCCUUGAGAAUUGAUUGACACAGGUACACUGGUUUCAGUUCAGGACAAACUAGAUACUGUGUAUUAUUGAUGACUCUAUAUCAUAUUUGCUCAAAGUCUUGGCCUGCAUAGGCUAUCUAGAAUUUAUGUUUCCAUGAGCAAAGUCACGAUACAGAGAAAAAAUACAAUUAUCUCUAAUCUUGGGUGGAAAAAGGACCCUGGAAUAACACUGCUGAAUUUAUGUUUGAUCAUUUCAAUGACCAUUUGUUGACCGUAUCUACUAAUUUACUGCUACUUGGUACUAUUCAUGGGCAAGUAAUUUUGAUGGAUUUUGUGCUGAUGUCACUCCAUGAAAUCAAAUUCCGAAGAAAAAAAAGUCCCAUUUUUUCAUAUCUUCAGAUAUUUAUUUCCCUACAAGGAGCUGUAUUAUUCAGAACCAUGAAAUUUCAUGCUCACACAAAGAAUUUAUUUAACCUACCCUUGGUUAAUCAAAGACUAUGGGAUGAUUCCAAACUUGUUUGUUUUGGCCUAUAGGGUAUUUUGCUCAUUUUCAAGCUUCCAAGAACAGCUCACUGUAAGAAUCAAGUGCAUUAUGAAGAUUAUACAUUCACCUGCUUUAUAUGGAACACUAAAGCUCAUUACAUUAGUAGGUUACAAAACAUGUUUUGAAACCAGUCUGCAAAACCCAGCAUCUGACUGGUUGUUUUCAGUACAAUGUUAACAUUCGCCAGUAGUGAUCUAGUCACCAAAUUCAGUUUUAAAAUAUUGAUUAACAAAAAGGAGGUUGCACUAUAAAAUAAGUAAUUGAUUGAAGGCUCAAGAUUUGUUACACGCUCAGACAAUGUGUUUGUUUUUCUGCAAGAUUUUGAUAUGUGGAAAUUUAGAUAUUAUUUAUUUAUAAAUUGUAUUUAUAUUAAUAGAAUCAAACAUUUACAGUUCAGGAGGGCAUGUUAGUUUUCUUUUAUAAUGAAUCAUGUUGUUAUUUUAGCUAGAAAUCUACACAGAUUUUCAUUGUGUAAAAUCUAUUAAGAAAAAACAAGAAAAAUAUUAUUUUGUAUAAAGUGUUGUAAGAUAAUAUCAUCAUUGCUUAAAAGAAAUGUCUGUAGUCUUGACCAGUAUAUAAAAUUAUACGAACCUAUUUUCUGUGAAACAAAUGCUUUUUAUUGACCUGAAUGAUAUAAAAAGUUAACAUUAACUUGGACAUCUCUUAUACAUUUGUACAUGUUUUAUGUUUGUACAUAAUGAUUAUAUACAUGCAUAUUACUAUUGGAGUAUGGGCCAGAGGCCUAAAUUACUACAAAGAUUUGAUUUAAUUUUAUUUGAUUUAAAAAGAUAAUGCAUUAUUGCACUAAAAUGAAUAAUGAAAUAAAGGAAUUACUGAUUCAUUGUUAUAGUUUAAAGAAUAAUCUGUCAUUUGGUAUGUUGAAUUAACCUUUAGCCUGCUUAGCUGACAGCAAGUGAUUUUGCCUUUGCAACAGUGCAAACCAAGAUCAGCCUGCAGGUCUCUGCACAGAUGUGCAGGCUGAUCAUGGUCUGCACUGUUCACUAUUUAGUCAGUAAACCCUUUCAAAUAAUAAAUGGUAUUGCCCAAAUUGAACGAUGGACCAGUCCAUUUUAGAAAUAUAGCAGGCUAAAGGUUAAGAAUUGGUUAGUUGAGCAUCCGUGUAUGUAUACUGCUUUAUAACAGACAGCCUUGCUCAUCUAUUAUUUUUGUUUCUCUUAUAAGUUGAAAUUGAAACAUGAUACUGAUAUGUAUAGAUGUUCCACCAUGUACAGGUGCAAGCUCUGUAAUGAAAAUAUAAAUUAAAUAUUUAAUGAAUUCUGCAAUAGAACAUAGAAAUUUCUGUGCAGUUUUGCUUAUUUUCUGACGUGUGUAUUUUACAUAUUUUCAAAGUUUUGAUGUUUUAUUUAUUUGCAUAUAUGUAGGAACUCUUGAUAUGCAUUUGUAAUAACCAUUAGUUUAUGAGUGGGAGUAAAAUAGGGUGCUUGUUUAACCUAGCAGGUAUGUACGUUUAAUGAUAAAUCUAAUAUAUGUAUAUACCAAAAUCUUUCUUUCAAAGCUUUUUGUUAUUUUUACAUUACACUAUCUCCUAGACUAUGUUUGUCUGUUUAAGAAAUAAUAUAUCCCAAACAGUGAUUUGUCAUUGAAUAAAAUCAUUGUUUGGAGUUUAGAUGUGAAGGAAUUGUGCCCUUGUGAUAUAAUAAUAUGCAUUUAAAGGACAAACAGUGAUUUUCAAGAGUAGAUCACUGUUUGAUAUAUAUAACACAAUAUGAAGGAUUAUUAUGUACAGCUUUGACAACAUCCAUAAAAAAUUUACAUAUUUUCUGUUGGUUUCUUUUCCAUCGCGCCGCUAUGCUGUUAGAUGCGAUGACUUAUUUAAUGUCAGAAGAAUGAAUUGUUGUAUAAUAAUACACAAUUAUCAGCCUUCUUUGUCUAAUGGGAAAACAAAUUGGGUCGUGUUAGAAUCUAUUAUAACUACAUUGUACACUGUAUGAGCCAGUCUGUAUCCUAUGUCUAAUAAUUAUAUUAUGAUAUUCUUACCCUCAUUUUCCUGCAAAGACUGGCUUAAAGUUAAAUAAGAGGGGACUCCAUGGCCGAGUGGUUAUGGUCACUGACUUCAAAUCACUUGCCCCUUCAUCAAUGUGGGUUAGAGCCUCACUUGGGGUGUUGAAGUCUUCAUGUUAGGAAGCCAUCCAGCUUGCUUACAGAAGGUUGCUGGUUCUACCCAGGUGCCCGCCUGUGAUGAAAUAAUGCACAGUGGAGCAACUAGGGUCUACCUCCACCAUCAAAGAUGGAAAGUCACCAUUUGACCUAUAAUAGUGUCAGUUCAACAUUAAACCCAACAAAAUAAAUAAAUAAAUAAAGUUAAAUAAACAUUUUUUUUUGUUCAUAUUCUUUUAUUAUGUGCAGCAACACAUUAAAACACAUUUUCAGCUAAAGGGAGGUAACCAGAAAAAGAUCAUUUUCCAGCUAGAAUUCUACAGAAAGCUGUUUGAUACAGUAUUUAUUUUUAUGUGUCAGCAAGACAUAAUGUGUAUAUGCUUAAUUUACUUUAGGAAAAAUGUUUGGUGUCAAAAAAGACACAAUGAGUAUACACUUGAGUUACUGAAAUGAAGUACAAUGCAUGGUAUAUCUGUGAUGCCAGAUGUGUAUAGCAAUCAUUUAGAAGAUUAUUAUUGCGUUAUCUUACAUUAUUUAUGCUCCCUGUCUAGGAGACAGAUUGUAUAUCUGGUACUUUUAUUUGCAGAAACUGUGUCAUAGCACACUUUUAGAUAAUUUGUAUUACUUACACUGUAAGAUGUUCAAUAUUGUUGUAAAUGUGGAACUCAGUCUUUUCAUUGUUUUUCUUUUUUUUCAAAGAAUUUCAUCGCAGUCGAAUUUGGUGAUGAAGUAAGAGGCAUUAGGUUUAUGACGUUGUUUAUAAAAUAAAGUUGCCACAUAGCUUUUGGCCGAUUAUUGCGUAAUAACAAUAUUUGAAACAAUGUUUCUCAACAAAUGAAAGCAAGUUGUUCAGUUUCUAUAUAUAAUUGUUUAUAUACAUGUUCCUUUCCAUUUUAUAGUACACAGCAUUUUCUUUGUUUCGUUAAAUAUACCUCAUUAUUGUAUAAUUAGUUUCUCUGUAGUGCAAUACACAAGCUAAUUUUGUAUUAUACAAAAAUUAUUUUUUCUUUAUGUUUCUUCAUCUGUUUUAGUCAAAUAUUUAACUUUUUGUUAAGUUUUAGUCCGAAAAAUGCCAGAAAUUGUUACAAAAAUUGCUCUUGUUAAUUUUACAAGUAUGUGUAUGGUUAAAAGGAAAUGUAACAUUAUUAUGUUAAUAAUUGUUCCUAGUAAGUCUUCAUAAAUUAUUUAAGGCUGUCAAAAGUUGUCAGAAUUGUCUCAAAAAUAAGAAACUUACAACCAUUUCAAUGUUUGAUCAGAAUGGUAGCUAUUUUGCAUCGAUGGCAGUGUAAAAUGAAAUGUUGUAUUUAGUUUAUUUCAACUGUGAUUUCAUAAUUCAGAACACUUUUUUUCAAGCAGGGUGAAAAAAAACUGUCAUGCUUGUGAGAUUAUAUAUAGAAAUUUGGUGUUUGCUAAAAUGAAAAGUUGAUACCUGUAGUUGUAUUAUAAACAAACAAAUUACCUAAGUCUGCAGUAUCCUGAGAUAGUUCAAAAUAAGCUUUCUAGUGUCUGUCUGUUCAUUGUCAUAGUUUAGUCUGUUUAAUAAUUAGUAACUUUGACUUCAUCAUAACAUGAUUCAUAGAUAGAUUGCAAUGAUAGGAAGUGUUUAGCAUAUGUGUACACCAGUCCCACCACCACCCCCGAUUUGGUAAAUGUGUGUGUACAGGUUUAACAUCUUUUCAACAAUUUUUCAGUCUUAUAAAUGACAGUGUCUACUUGUAUCAGUGAGCACAAUGCCCAACUUUAUAGUACUGCCUCAAUGGAAUUCAGGCCAUAGACAUAUGACAUGAUACCCCACCCAGUCACAUUAUACUGACACCGGGCUGACCAGUCCUGAUUUGGUAAAGAAAAAUACACUGACAGAUUGUUAAAACAAAUAGUCUCAAGUUUCUGAUGUAAACAUACUUGGACUCUGUAUUUUAUUUACUAUGAAAUAAAGACACGGCCAGAAAUUGCAGAUGGAAUAACGAGUUUCCUUUCUAUAAAGUGUUGUUUUUUAGCUCAACUAUUCGAAGAAUAGGGGAGCUAUCCUACUCGCCCUGGCGUUUGCGUGUCAGUGUUAGCGUCACACAAAUGUAAAAGUUUGCGUACCACCCCAAAUAUUUUCAAAGUCCAUUGAGAUAUUGCUUUCAUAUUUUGCAUACUUGUUUACCAUCAUGACCCCAGUCAGUAAACAGGAGCAAACAACUCUGUCGAGCAUUUUGAUUGAAUUAUGGCUCUUUUUCGACUUAGAAUAUGCUUAUUGUAAUGUUAAAGUUUGCGUACCACCCCAAAUAUUUUCAAAGUCCAUUGAGAUAUUGCUUUCAUAUUUUGCAUACUUGUUUACCAUCAUGACCCCAGUCAGUAAGCAGGAGCAGACAACUCUAUCGAGCAUUUUGACUGAAUUAUGGCUCCUUUUCCACUUAGAAUAUGCUUAUUGUAAUGUUAAAGUUUGCGUACCACCCCAAAUAUUUUCAAAGUCCAUUGAGAUAUUGCUUUCAUAUUUUGAAUACUUUUUUACCAUCAUGACCCCAGUCUGUAAACAGGAGAAAAUAACUCUAUCAAGCAUUUUGACUAAAUUUAUGGGCCCCUUUUUGACUUAGAAUAUGUUAUGUGAUGUUAAAGUUUGCGUACCACCCCAAAUAUUUUCAAAGUCCAUUGAGAUAUUGCUUUCAUAUUUUGCAUACUUAUUUACCAUCAUGACCCUAGUCUGUAAAAAGGAGGAGGCAACUCUAUCAAGCAUUUUGACUGAAUUAUGGCCCCUUUUCGACUUAGAAUAUGCUUAUUGUAAGGUUAAACUUUUACUCAUAGCUUAUAUUAUACUAUCAAGCACUGAGAAUAGUCAAGCGCGCUGUCAACUGACAGCUCUUGUUUCAAUCUGUCUUUUGAUUGUUGAAAAAGUACAGAUAUACAAAACAAUUUGAUUAUUUCGAAGCUGGUAUCAUACAUGUUUUGAAUAGAGUGUUUCCUUUUGGAUCAUAUUUUGAUGUUCUUUUAUUGAUAUAUUUUUAAAUAAUCAGGUUUAAAAAUGUAGAAGACAACAAUAAUUUCAUUUGGAAGAUUUUUGUGUAUUUACCCAAGGUAUGUGCUGAGUGGGCUAGUCUUGUUAAUAUGUGAUCAAUUUCAUUCAUUCACAGAGCAUUUCAACACAGAGAUAGAUUGUAUGUGUUUUAGUUAUAUCAAAGGCUACUACUUCAAAUAUGAAUAUAAAAGAAUAAUGUGACAUUUUAUUUUUACUCUUUCCUCAACAAAAAUGUUAUUAAUUAUUUCCUGUGUUUUAUUAGUGUUGAUAAUUAACUAGUCUGUAUUAGAACUAUUAAUGUUAAAAAUAUUGUAUUGUCUUAUUGAUUUACUGUCAGAACUUUGAUCUUGACUUUGUUAUAAAUAAAUGAUGAUUUCAAGCUA